AUGAAUGAAACAACAAUAGACGACACACUUCUUACCAAUAAAAUAUCAGUUACAACUUAUAAUCCAUCGUUAGUACGUGCAGUAUUGAUGCCUGCUACAUCAACAUCACUAUUAGCUAAAAGCCCAUGGUAUCGACAAAAAUUCGAAAUAUUUCGCGAUGUAAUUGAAGAAAAAGUACGUGAUGCAUAUCCUGAGUUGCCAGAGACGUACAAAUUACAACCUGCAAAUAUUGAAUAUUCAACUAUGAAAGGAUAUGACCUUGACUUUUUCAUCAAGUUACAUGAUGGACGAAGUACAGUUGUAUCCAUUUCUUAUGGUAGUGGUUCGCGACCUCCAUAUACCAAGGAAGAACGUCGUAAAUUAGUCAUUAUUCAUCAAAAUACGGUAUCCAAUUAG